AUGGUUCGACUUGGUCAGAACCGUCUUCUCGGUAUUCCCUACUCCAACCUGAAUCAUAACGACAACGACAACGACAACGACAACGACAACGACAACGACAACGACAACGACAACGACAACGACAACGACAACGACAACAACAAGCACCCGUCAUCCAGUCAGAGUAUCCCUGACCUGACCUGA